CGAUGUCUGAGGGCGAGGCUAUCAACGGCGUCCACGGCCAUGAGGCCGAGACCUCAGCUGUUCCAAAAGACGAGCAUGAAGGGAUGGACGUCAUGGUCAAGGCGAACGGGGUGAGUGAUGGCGGCGAUGCCGCUGUUUCAUCUGACCCUCCGACGGAGCAAGAGCCUGCAUUCAAGCACAUCGCCACGGUAGAUCCGAUGGACCGCCAAGUUGGUAAGAUCAUGCAUGGCCAUGGGAAGCAACAGGAUGAUGGUAUGCAUGUGUGGAUGGCCAUGCAUGGCGUGUGGUGUGGUGUGGUGUGGUGUGUCAGAUCUGAUCCACCAGGCGAAUGGGUACAAGAAGGAGGGCAACGAGCUGUUCGGGUCGGGGAAUUAUAAGGAGGCGCUCAAGAAGUACCACCAUGUCUUCCUCUACGUCAAUGGUCAGGGAGGGAGGGAGGCAGGCACCAACUGUUUAAGACACCUCUCACACACACACCGGGCAACUCGCCGAAUGCUCUGUCGAUCUGCUGUGUGUGUCAGGUUUCGAUGGCAAGAAGAAGUACGGCCACAUGCUCAGCCCCGAGUUGCUGCAAGUGCGGACACACACGCCCAUGCAUUCUUCGUGAUCUGAUGACUCGUUCGUGUGUGUGUGUGUGUGUGUGUGUGUGAGCAGGACAACAAGCUGAGCGGUCCGGAGAUCACCGAGAGUGAGAUCGACGUGGUCAAGCAGCUCAAGGUGCUCACGUAUCAGAACAUGGCCGCAUGUCACUUCAAGCUCGAAAACUACAGACGAUGCAUCGACUGCGCCACCAGUGUAAGCAACGGACAUCCAACACACCGACACAUAGACAGACAGACAGGUCGACACGAGGCACUGUCCCUCUUUGCCUCUCUGCCUGCCUGCCUGCCUUGUUGUGUUGCAGGCGAUUGAGCUCGACGACACGUCGGUCAAGGCGCAUUUCCGUCGUGCUCAGGCGUACAUCGAGCAGGGCCGGCUGGACCAGGCCAUGGACGACCUCCACAAGGCCAAACAAAUCGCACCAAACGACGCGUACGAACCACACUCGUGCGCAUGCAUGUUGGCCAUGGGUACACGUCCGGCCCCUUGGGGUGUGUGUGUGUGUGUGCGUGCGUGCAUGAGUGAGUGCAGGUCGAUAGUGGCGGAGAUGAAGCGUUGCAAGCAGCUGUCGAAGGAGCAGGAGGCCAAGAGCAAGGAGACCAUGAAGAAGGCGUGGCAGAAGAUGGAGAGGGAGAACCGCAGGAAGACGGCCAAGAAACAAGACGAACACAACCUCGAUUGACUCACUCACUGACCACCCACCUGACCAGGCCAACCGAUUGCAUCGCAUCCCCCUCCUCUCCUGCUGGUGCUUCGUUCGUGCUCCUCCUUUUCGUUAGUGAUGGCAUGGCCAUCUACUCCCUGUUUCAUCAAUCGCAUUUGGGUGG